GUUCUCGUACAAAUACACCGAAUCAAAUAUCCUUCUCGAGCGCCGGAAUCUGCACGCGAGGGUCAGACGGAUUGUGGUUGAUCAGAAUGAAGACCCUUUUGAAAUGUGCCAUGCUUUCCGCAAUCCUCACCUGUUGCGCGGCUGAGGAGAAAAAACUUCAGAUAGGCGUGAAGAAGAGACCCGAAACUUGCGAUACCAAGACCAAAGCUGGAGACGUGCUUCACAUGCACUACACGGGCACUCUUGAAGACGGGAAGAAAUUCGACAGCUCCUACGAUAGAGGCCAACCCCUCAGCUUCACUCUGGGCAGUGGUCAAGUCAUCCGAGGAUGGGACCAAGGACUCCUAGGGAUGUGCGUCGGCGAAAAGCGGAAGCUCGUCAUCCCACCUGAUAUGGCUUACGGCUCUGCAGGAGUUCCACCUACCAUUCCGCCCGAAGCCACGCUCGUGUUCGAAGUCGAACUGAUAAAAAUUGGACGGAACGACGAACUUUAGGCUGAUUUUGAAGUAAGGAGACGGGGUCAGGAAGUGUACUGCAAGUCAAAUCGAAGACUUCCCCGGAAGCUGGAUCAUCGGAAUUGAUGCUGAGUCGGGAAAUAAGUCUUUGCAGAACGCAGUCGCAUUUGCUCUCGCCAUGAACGCCUCGCCGCACUAUUUCCCUUUUCUUGAAAUAAAGGAUCACUUGGA